AUGGCCCCAACAAUCUCGCAGUCUUUCGACUGCAAAUUGCCAAGAGCACCUGAGAUCGAAUUUGGCUUCAAGGGCUCCUAUCGAGAAUUCAAAUCCAAUGUUCAAUCCACCGUUGACAUCGAUGCAAUACCUGUCUUCAUCAAAGAAGAUGCUUCGGUUUUCCAGACGAUCGCAGAAAGAUAUUUCCCCCCUCUCUCCAGGAGAUACUCCCGGCCCGGGACCAAACUUAUCUGGGGAACUGAGUCAUACGGCGGACCUAAAAGUCGUUUCGACGUGCAGUGGUCCCUUUAUUCCGACCAGGGAACGUUGCUGGAGAUUCUUGCUGUUCUUGAGGUCAAAAAUACGCACAUUAUACGUCGAGAUGACUUUGCGCCUGCUGAAGCCACCGAGCAGAACUUAGAGAUACAAAGGAGCAAGGCCGCCAGUAGAGAGCCGUAUUUUACGCUGCUUGAGGAGAAUGCUGUUUGGCUCUCAAAGCAAGCUGGGAAAUACUCGGAGCAGUGCGCCAGUGUUGCGGUGUUUGACUGGAAUGCUAUGUUUAUUUUCAAUUACCUUCAUGAACAAUCUACUAUAGGCGGGGCGGUGAGAGGCACUUACUUUGAUGAAUCUGGCUCGACCAAGGGCAUGACGUUCCGCCGCCUUCUUUUCGCAUUCGUGGUUAGGGUACUGAAAAGGUACGAAGCUUGGAAUGCCGCAGACCGGCUCAAUACCCCGACGCGACCAGAGACAACCUCAUCGACACAAUCACCCUGCAUCCGCGAUCAGUAUAGAGAUUCCGGAGCCACCGCUGCUUAUGUAAAUGCUCUACACGCCUGGGUGCUGACUGCGCGGUUUUUUGGGGCAAGCUCUUAUCACAUACACUCUUGGCGCCUCGUGACCAUUAAGUGGGGUAAAGUCGAGAGCAAGAGCCAAAUGGUGGAAUGA